AGCAGCUUCUUCUUCUCCCUGGAGACAUCAGACCCAAGCCUCAAAGGACUUCUACUUAACAGGGGGCAAUGCCCCGAUCCAGGAAUCUCAGUCCAGGGAAGUCCCGGGACAGUGGCGACUUCCGUGGUUUGAGCCCAAUGGAGACCCGGAGGGGCCCGAAGAAGCCUCCCACAGAUAAGAGAACCCAAUCCUUGGACCGGCAGGUUCUCAAGGACUCUGAGUCCGCGAACUCCAAGUACUCCUCUGGGCCCACCCACAGGAAGGUGCUUCGCAGGACAGCCAGCGAUGAGACCAGAGGUUCUGGGAGCCCCCAUCACUUUGCAGAGGCCCAGGAAGCUGUGGUCGCAGCACCCCCUCUAGGAGAAGGGAGCGAAUUUCUCCCCUGUGAGCAGGGGACCCUAGAAGGCACUAAGAAAGAGAGGCCCCCAAAGCAAGCCCAGCAGAGCUGGAUUAGCAUGUUCCUGAAUAUCUUAUUCCUGAGGUUUGAUCUAGAGGAGCCCAGAGAAAAGGCCAGCAAGAAAUCAAAGGGAAAAGGAGAGACCAAGCUCCCAGAGGCAACGGAGGAGCCAGCCGUCAGGAAGAAAUCCCAGGAGAAGAGGACCAACCGCAAGAAACCCACUCAUAAGAAGCCUGCUCCCGAAGAGCCUACAGGGCCCCAGAACUCAGAGGCAGAAGGCCAAGAGAACUUACUGCCCAGCUUAGCUGCCUCCCAUGCGGCCGAGGAGGCUAACCUGGGGCUGAUCUGCAGGGGUGAACCAGAGUCUGAAAUCCCUCAGGCCUUGCCCACCGAGGGAGGCCAUGCUGAAUCCUCAGAGAGUUCUGCCCAAGCCGCAGGUCCCCCAUCAGAAGAGGACCCUCAGCAGCCUGACCAAGAAGAACUCAUCUGGAAGAUCGUGGAGUUGCUCAAGAGAGCAGGGGACCGUCUGGAGGAAGAGCAAGCGCAAGUCCCUCAGCCGGAAGUGGCUCCACAAAAGCCAACACCGCCCCCCAGGAAGAAAUCCCAGGAAAAGAAGUCCACCCUGAAGAAAGCCUUGUCCCUCAAGAAGCCUGCCUCCGAGGAACCCAAGAGAGUGGCUGUAGCCACUGCCCAUGGCCCAGAAACCCGACCCAAGAGGCCCAGCUUCCUACCCCUGUGUCUUAGUGGCCAGCGACUUUCCGCCUCCAGCAACCUUGACUCAGAGGAGCCCGGAUUCCAUGAGGUCCAAUCUGUAGACCCCGGAUGCUCACAUCCCCCUGAGUACCACACCCCAGCUGUGUGUCAAGGACCAGUGGAGAGGCCACCGAGGGACAGAGCCUAUGAAUCUAGAGAAUUCAGGCGGAAGAUCCUGGUCCUAUUCAAAAACGCGGAGGAACAGAAGGGAGAGCAGCAAGUUCAAGUGCAGGAGGCAGAGGAGGCUGGAGAAAACUCCACUCCCGCUCCCAAGGUGAAGUCACUCAGGAAGAAGUCGAAUCUCCGGCGGGCCUUUUCCCUCAAGAAGCACAGCCCCAAGGAUUCCAAGAGAACAGAGGCUUCGGGGACUCCCGGUGCUGCCAGCCCGGAGGCCCGGCCACACAAGAAGCACGGCUUCCUGCCCACGUGUGUCAGUGGCCACAGAGCUUCCAUCUCCGGGGACCCAGAAGACCUGGAGUUCCAGACGCUGGAGGCUGCAGGAGGGGAACCAGCCGGGUCCCCAGAAGUUCCUUGUCGGUCUAGAAGAGUCACACUAGAUGAGCAGCCUCUACCUCUACCAGAGGGAGCCUCGGAAUCUAAGGAGUCCGUCAUCCAGAAGUUGGUGGAAGGUCUCCAAGAGGCAGACGACGAGCUAGGAAGGCAGAUCCGGCAGUACCCCAGCUUCAGAGACUUUUUCAAUCAGUUCUCGGAAGCCUCCCUCAGGAAGCUGGUGGCCACCUUAGAGAGACAGAAGGCCCGCCUCUCAGAGGAAGACGGGAGCCUCGUCAACAGACCCCCGCCCUGCGCCUUUGGCUCACUGAACAAGUUUGCCGCCAACCACAGCUGUGCCAUCUGCACCCUCAUGCAAUCCAGAGGCCAAUACCAGGGCCACAGUUAUGCCCACUUCCUGUCUAGGAAGGCCCAGCAGAACAUCAUGAGUCUGGAUGGUCAGAGUCCAGACUGA